UCAUCGGUUUGUGAGGACUGAUACACUAAAGAAUGGAACACGGGUCGAUAGCAGUUCUUCUUGCUUUUUUAACUGUCGCAGUGUGCGCUGUGUACUGUAAGGAAACCGUGCAGUCCAACCUUGGAACCAGCAGCAGUGACGCCCACACACCCCAGAAGCGCUCACCCCCGGACAGCCCCGUCCCACUUGACGACGACGCCCUCCUCUCAGAGAACGACCUCCUGGAAAACCAACUCAACCCCGACGACUUCGACAAACGCUCCACCCUCUUCCGGUUCGGCAAGCGCCAAGGAAGCCUCUUCAGGUUCGGAAAGCGAGGCGGAUCCCUGUUCCGAUUCGGAAAGCGAGGCACCCUCCUGCGCUUCGGCAAACGUGGAGGUUCCCUCUUCCGGUUUGGGCGCAGCGGUCCCUCUGACUCCGCCUUGGACGAAAACGAGGCCAUGGAUGACAAGCGCACACUUUUCCGUUUCGGCAAGAGGUCUGACCUUGACCUCUUGAGAGACGCCCUCGCCCAGGCCGAAUACAGCAACUACCCGUAUCUUAAUGACGUCGACAAACGAGCAUCGUUUCAUUGGGGAGAGGACUCCGAUGAAUAAAACAACAGAUUUGAAAUUCUUCUAGUUUGACUGUAGUGUAUUGAUGAUAACUUUACAUUCUUGAAAUUAAAUUUUAAUUAAAAAAUUAAAUUAAAAAUCUAAUUGUUUAUGAUUGAUUUAAAAAAAAAAGUUUCAACUAACCUUUAGCUUACCGUAAGCUUUGCUCCAAACCUUGAACGCAUCCCAGUGUUUUAAUUUUUAAAAUAGCAAUAUGUUUUGGAGGGUCGUUCAUUCUUCAAAGCUUAAAAGAAAGCAAUGUUUAUAACUGUGUCGUUUCAGCUAAGCGUUUUGUUAUUUUAUAUAUUGUAGCCCCCCUCUCCGACAGGGCUUGGGUAUAGAAAAAGAAAAAAAUGAUAAAAACAUAUUACAUUUGGAUUCUUUGAAAUAAAAGUGUUAAACAUGAGUAGUAUUCUA